GGGCCAUCUGCAGCCGCGGCUGCUGCCCAGAUCUCUAGCAGUGAUCAGGAUGACAAAGCCGUGAAGGAGAGUGAGGGUGCAGAAGCGAUGGUAGAGGGCUCAGAGGACGAAAGCAGCGGAGUAAAAGGAACACUGGGCAAUCUGAAGUGUCCCCUGCCUGGCAACUUCCUCCUGCCUGACAGCCUGUUCGGCAGCCCAGCUGCACAGGCAGCAGAAGUGGACACCAGCUUCACACUGAGGCGGCGGCCAGUUGCGAAGGGCAGGAAAGGAGGGAGGCGUGGCAGGGGUUGAGCGUUGCAUAAGACAGUGGAUCUGCUGAUCUUUUAUAAACGUGGCAUUUUUGCGCAUAUCUAUGGAAUACCUGUUGCUUAGAAGAGUUUGUGAAGCCGCCCAGAUGCAACGGACUGUGUUUGACAUUGAAAAAUAACACAACGUUGCUGCAUCUGUCUGCGCAGCAUGCUGUGGUAUUCCCUUGGAAAGUUGCACAGCUAUAUACCCUCUUUCACAGUUGAGACCCCAAAGGUGCAAGAUUUAAUGGGACUUGCAGAGGGA